CAACUACUGUAAGCAAGCAGUGUACACGAACUGGUUAUAAUAUCAUGCAUUUUAGGCCUAUCUUACGUUAGUAUGGGUAAAAAUAAAUGACCCCUUGACUCUCUUACCGUCAGCAUACCAGUCUAUGGACUUAUUCUUUCCAAAAUCUUUUUUAAAAUGCGGUGACUAACUAUCAUAAUGACUUCAAACUCUGUGAAUGAUCCUUUACUGAUGAGUGAAAUUUACAUCAAUUGCAAUAUAAAGGCUGAAAUGGGCGUUACUGAUCCUGUAGAGUCGAGUUCUCAUUAUGGUGACAGUGAGGCACUGAGUGACCAAGGCAGUGUUAAGAAUGGAGGAAGCGAUCAGGAGGAGGCUUACGAACCAGAAUCACGACGGGACAAGAAGCGGUUUUGCUGCGAGAUUUGUGGUAAGAGAUUUAGUGUAAAGGAUCAUUUGUACAACCAUCUUCAGAGACACACAGAUGUUAGCAAGUACAGGUGUGAAACCUGUGGGGAGGGAUUCCUACAGUUAAGUAGCUUACAGAGUCACCUUGGUGUUCACCUGAGUGAGCAUCCUCAGUCUUACUCAUAUAGAGGGCUCAGUGAUGAGUUUAAUAAUGAACUGGCUGGAGGAGAGAAACAGGCAAGUGACACAGUAAAAUGUCAUAGUAUUGUGUAUGACAAGAAACCGACAAAUCCAGAUGAACAGGAAGAACAGAUCAGAACAGAUUGUGGAAAUGAACCACUAUAUCAUAAUUCUGAGCCAGUAAACAAAUCUUACAAUAAUGAGCUAGUAAAUGAACCUUACAACAGUGAACAACGAAACAAAGCUUACAAAAAUGAGCAAGGAAACGAAGCUUACAACAGUGAACUAGGAAAUGAAGCUUACAACAGUGAACCAGGAAACGAAGCUUACAAAAGUGAGCAAGGAAACGAAGCUUACAAAAGUGAGCAAGGAAACGAACCUUACAACAGUGAACCAGGAAACGAACCUUACAACAGUGAGCCAGGAAAUGAACCUUACAACAGUGAGCCAGGAAACGAACCUUACAACAGUGAACCAGGAAAUGAAGCUUACAACAGUGAACCAGGAAAUGAAGCUUACAACAGUGAACCAGGAAACGAACCUUACAACAGUGAACCAGGAAACGAAGCUUACAACAGUGAGCCAGGAAACGAAGCUUACAACAGUGAACCAGGAAACGAACCUUACAACAGUGAACUAGCAAACGAGUCUUACAAAAGUGAGUCAGAAAAUGAAGCCUACGACAGUGAGCCAGGAAACGAACCUGAUAAAAUUGAACUUGAAAAAGAGCUCUUUACCUGUAAGAAAUGUGGUAGAGAAUUUUCUCAAAUAGAACGUUUUCAGGAACAUACCAGAAGUCACCAAAAUGAUAAACAAUACCAGUGUGAGGUCUGCAGUAAAACUUUUCGUCAGCCGUGUGAUUUAAAGAAACAUUUCCGAAUACAUACUGGAGAAAAGCCUUUCAAAUGUGAAAUAUGUGGUAAGGUAUUCAGUGACAAUGGUAACCUGCAUAAACACUCAAGGGUUCAUACAAAAGGGACGUAUUCAUGCGAAAUUUGUGGUGUCUGCUUUCGCACAAAACCUAGUAUGGUGAAACAUUCUCGAUCCCAUUUGGGGGACAAGCCUUUUUCUUGUGAGAUUUGCGGUAAGUGUUUUGCACGGAAUGGUGGACUACGAGCACAUCUUGAAAUACACUCUGGGAAGAAACCUUUCCCAUGUCAUUUAUGUGGGAAAGAAUUUCGUCGGAAAGGAAACCUACAGGAACACAUUGAAUUACACACAGGAGAGAGAAUGUUCACCUGUGGGAUAUGUCAGAAGGAAUUCAGUAUCAAAAUUAAUUUGAAAAAGCACCUGCGAACUCACACAGGAGAGAAACCAUUCAAAUGUAAAAUCUGUUCCAGAGGGUUUAGUGAGAAAGGAAGUCUGCAAAAACACCAUAGAAUACACACAGGGGAAAAGCCGUACAAGUGUGAGGUUUGCGGGAAGGAUUUCAGCAUGAGUAGUAGUCUACAGAGACACACCCGUAUACACACAGGAGAACGCCCCUAUGGGUGUAAUAUCUGCGAAAAACGGUUCAACAAGAAGGAGAUACUACAGGUACACAUCAGGACACACACGGGUGAGAAACCGUACACAUGUGCCGUAUGUGACAAGCGUUUCAAUGAGAGUGGUAGUCUCCAGAUUCACAUGCGAAUUCAUACGGGCGAAAAGCCUUACAAAUGUCACCUUUGUGAGAAAGAUUUCAGUCAGAGUAGCAGUUUAAGAAGACAUGUAGAGUUACACAUGUCCAUGAGUAAACUAGACAUUAUACCGACACCUGAGACCUCCUUGAUUGUGUAAUGAAGUAUACGUAAUCAGGUCUGUUUUUUAAGUACAUAUAUUUGUAUUGACAUCACUUCCAUCAGGCAUGGUUAAUUUUGCCAGCAUUAUAACUCACUAUACAUGGUGACAUGUACUAAAUCAGGGAUCAAUCUAGAUUUGAUUCACUACCAUUUAUGGGUAGUUUCCCCUACAGAAGAAAAUUCCCCUGUUAUUUGCAAUUUACCCUAUGUGCUUCAAAAUUCACCUAUUUCAACAAGAAAAUAGCCGUUUUUCUUCAACAUAUUUCCCCUAUAAUGCUUUCUUUAAAGAAAAACAGUAUACACAUGUAUGUGAGACAAAAUUUUAUCUUUUACCUUUUACCUUCAUGACACUAGAGCCUUGUAUCAAAAUUCCCCCAAAUCUGAAAAAGAGUUGUUUUCCCUAAAACCUAGAUUGAUCCUUGUAAAUAUUAAUUAGGUAUCACUGCGCGAAGUGGAAGCUGUACAUAUAGCAUAUUUAAUGCAAAAAAGUCAAUGUGUUUCCCCUGUCACUAUAUUUAAGAAACUAAGCUUAGCCAGAGAUUCCUCCGGCUCUGACACCAGACUUGGACAAUUUGACAGAUAUAUAUAUAUAGAUACCAGACAUCAAUCUGUCAAAAUGAAUUGAGUCUGUUAUGUGGGCCAGAGGAAACUCAGGCUAUAUUGUAUCCUAGCUUUUAAAUCUAUUACAGAAUUUUUAACAAGAACUGUUACAGUUUUAAAUGCUGUUUAUAAUCACUGUAAAAAUACUCCAUCGUCAGAGUUUUGCCUGACUGUACCUACCCAAAUUUUUUAGCCAAAAGUGGAAAUGUAACUUUUUUUGCUGACAUUUAAUAACAAAAAUUAAAUUAUAAGUUGUUGACAAUAUAUUCUGUGCAUGUUUAUCAGUAGUCUUCAGUGAAGAACAGAUCUGGACUGUUCUAUUAGUCCGAUAUAUGCUAGUUGCAUACUGGUAUACACCGCAAUUUAAAAAUCAAGGGAGAUAACUCUCACACAAAUAGUAUAGCAAUAUAUAUUGACCGUUUAUUCAAUAAUAGUCAUAUAUAGUUUAUUACAAUUGAUACAGUAUUGCUUCAGUCUGUAUUUGUUCUUCAAAUCGCUUUAGAUUUUCAAUAAAUCCAACAACAAGCAUUUGCGAUGUCAUUACGAUAAUGUCGGAAAGCGCUGGCCGAUGAUAUUUAUGUAUAUCUGCAUAAACUAAAGGCAACCAGGCUAAACAUUGGUGAUGUGCAGAAAAUAUUGAGGCAGAGGGGUUCUGAUUCCCUUUAAGAACUCAUUGGUGCCUCACACAGAGUGUGAUAGCAAUACAUUUAAUCUUUUGGAAUGGAAUCAAAGCUAUAUAAUAUAAAUAUAGAGGUUUCCCCUACAAGCACUGGUCAGUUAUUAUGGUUAUCUAACUCGUGUUUUUUCAUUUUCAAAUUGUGUAACGGCACAAGGUUUUCAGAUCUAGAGUGUUUAACCAGAUGACAUCACAAAGCAUGGUUACUUGACGUCAUAAUAAAAAGAUUGACUGAUGAUACCUGUGUAACUACCAAUUCUCAAUGGAAGAUGAAAUCACAAAGCAUGGUUACUUGACGUCAUAAUAAAAGGAUUGACUGAUGUUACCUGUGUAACUACGAAUUCUUAAUGGAAGAUGACAUCAAAAAGCAUGGUUACUUGACGUCAUAAUAAAAAGAUUGACUGAUGAUACCUGUGUAACUACCAAUUCUCAAUGGAAGAUGACAUCACAAAGCAUGGUUACUUGACGUCAUAAUAAAAAGAUUGACCGAUGAUACCAGUGUUACUACGAAUUCUCAAUGGAAGAUGACAUCACAAAGCAUGGUUACUUGACGUCAUAAUAAAAAGAUUGACCGAUGAUACCUGUGUAACUACGAAUUCUCAAUGGAAGAUGACAUCACAAAGCAUUGUUACUUGACGUCAUAAUAAAAAUAUUGACUGAUGUUACCAGUGUUACUACGAAUUCUCAAUGGAAGAUGACAUCACAAAGCAUUGUUAUUUGAUGUCAUAAUAAAAAUAUUGACCGAUGAUACCAGUGUUACUACGAAUUCUCAAUGGAAGAUGACAUCAAAAAGCAUGGUUACUUGACGUCAUAAUAAAAAAUAUUGACCGAUGAAACCUGUGUUACCCACUAGUGGACAAUCGCAAAUGUUUACCAAACCCCUAUACUUAGCAGGCCGAGGUUUAUCCAAUGAGUUGUGAGUUAAGAAACCUAUAGUGGUCGUAGGAGAAAAUUAUAUUCCAAAUUUCCCUAUCUAUAGCAGUACACUUUUGUAUCAGUAUGUCUUAGAGAAAAUGUCAUUGACAUGUAGCUCUCGUACAAUACAAUAUUUUAUCAGACAAUUCCUGGGUUAAGUGCUAUAUAUUAUAGGCAAUAUGUCUAUGUAAUAUCUUUAGUAUAUGUGACUGGUAACACGUACAAUCGUUCUGGUGUCAUACAGCAGCUGGUUUACAAUGAAGUCACAAUUACGAUAAAAUAAAUGACAUCAUUAAAACUUGCUGAUGUUCAUGAUCAGUGAAACUGUUAAUAUCUGGUAUAAUACUGGUGUAUUUCUUUGUUUUGUGAUACCGAGUAGUCAUGUUCGAUUUCAUAAGAUUUAUUCAACUUGUCCCGAGAUUUUAAUUUUAGAAUAGUUUCACUUAUCGGUGCGUGAAAACUUAAUAGUCAUUUAAUAAAUCUUAUAUGAAUUGGAAAGAGUGAUUCUGCGUGAUUGUGUUGAAUUUAUGUCUUGUUAUGACUUUAAUGUUGAUGAGCGCUAUAGAAUAACUUAUUUCUAUGUUUUAUAAAAAUUAAAUACAUUAUAUAAUAAAAAUCUAAAUAAUAUACUGUAUUUACCCUGCAAUAAGCCCAGUGGGCCAACACAUGUUCUCAAAAUAGGUGGAUGGGCUUAUUACAGGAGAAAUAUAGCUAGAGAACUGUUAUUUAUGGCCAGUACAGCGGAUGUUUACUGUGUUAUUAUUGUGAAUGGCUGGUCAAUCUGUUUCUAUUAAGUUGUUAUAAGUAUGUACAGGUCACUUGUACACAAAAAUACUACAAAGGGGAAUAACUGUUCACAAGAAUACUACAAAGGGGAAUAACUGUUCACAAGAAUACUACAAACAAUGAUUACUGUACACAAUUAAGUAUAGUAUGAAAGGGAUGCACUGUACCGUAAUAUAUCAUAGGACUACUAUACCCUCUUGUCUGUUCAGGAAAUAGUGUACAUGUCAAGCCAAAGCUAUUGUUAUAAUUUGAAACCUAAGGUUAAAUAAGAGCAAAAGUAACUGUGCCAAAAAGCUCAAUGUUAUAUUGAGUUUUACAUGUUGUCAGUAUUUAUGAAUAAUAAUAAAUGUC